AUUAUCUAAAAUAAUUCUUUAUUCGUCCCACAGUGGGGAAAUUCAAAAUCUACAGUCAGUGUUUGUGUGUACACAGUAUUCGUGUGCACCUGAUGUAGCAGUAACUGAUUGUAAUCAUUGUGUACUCUCACUUUGUCACUUCUUUUUAUGUUUAACAACACCUCUUAUCUGUUCCUGAGGUGGAAACUAAAAACAUGGCCACUAGAAGAGGAGCUCGAAGAGGGCACCUUUGUGCCACAUUCAUAGCUCUCUUUGUGGUCCUUGCCUUUGACGUCCAUGCCCGGCCAGCAAACAUGUCAGCUCACAAAAGCAAACACCAGAAUGAUAAGGAGGACAAUGAGAUUCUUCCACCUGACCACCUAAAUGGUGUUAAGAUGGAAAUGGAUGGCCACCUCAACAAAGGCUUUCACCAAGAAGUCUUCCUGGGAAAAGACAUGGAGGAGUUUGAUGAGGAUUCGGAGCCAAGGAGGAAUCGCAAGAAACUGAUUGAAAUAUUUACCAAAGUUGAUUUCAAUCAAGACAAAAGUGUCAGUGCUAAGGAGCUGCAGCGCUGGAUUAUGGAGAAAACAGAAGAGCAUUUCCAAGAGGCUGUACAAGAGAACAAACUUAACUUCCGAGCAGUAGACCCUGAUGGAGAUGGACAUGUGACAUGGGAUGAGUACCGUGUAAAGUUUUUGGCCAGCAAAGGUUUUAAUGAGAAGAAAGUGGUGGAGAAGAUCAAGAACAACGAAGAUCUUAAAGUUGAUGAGGAGACCCAGGAGGUGUUGGAGAGUCUUAAGGAUCGUUGGUUCCAGGCCGAUAGCCCACCAGCUGACCAACUUCUGAACGAGGAGGAGUUCCUCUCCUUCCUCCACCCAGAGCACAGCAGAGGCAUGCUCAAAUACAUGGUUAAGGAAAUCAUCAGAGACCUGGAUCAAGAUGGAGACAAGGAACUGACCCUGUCCGAGUUCAUCUCUUUGCCAAUGGGCACAGUGGAGAACCAGCAAGGCCAGGACAUUGAUGAUGACUGGGUACGUGAGAGGAAAAAGGAAUUUGAGGAGGUCAUUGAUGCCAACCACAACGGAAUUGUCACCAUGGAAGAGCUGGAGGAAUACAUGGAUCCCAUGAAUGAGUACAAUGCCCUAAAUGAAGCCAAGCAAAUGAUCGCUGUAGCUGAUGAGAACCAGAACCACAACCUGGAGCUGGAGGAGAUUCUUAAAUACAGCGAGUAUUUUACUGGCAGCAAAUUCAUGGACUACGCUCGCAAUGUGCAUGAGGAGUUCUAGAACAAUCUCUUCAAUCCUUACAUAAGGAAAUGUAUUCUGCUGAUCUAUUAGACAGCAGGCAUAUGGAACACAUGCUCUAGAGGAUCAUGUGUGUUUUAGCCUGGCAGGGAUUUAUUUGAAUAUUUGAAUUCAUCAGAAAGUGUGUGUGUGUAUAUGUACAGGUGUGUGUAUAGGUGUGUGUGUGUGUGUGUGUGUGUGUGUGUGUGUGUGUGUGUGUGUGUGUGUGUGUGUGUGUGGACAUUUGAAGCAGUGACUGAAUGCAAAACAUUUAAAGAAUUCAGAUUUUUAUGAUAGGAUCAGAAUCUGUGGAGCUGCUCUUGCUGAAGCACUGUGUUUAACUGCUUUUAUUGCAUCAUACACACUUCAUAUGUCAUUAAUGAUUGGAAUGUCAGUAUUCAGACAGUUGUUUUUUGUGUAACCAAGUCAUCUGGGUCUUUCAUCUAAAGAGAGAGUAAAUUAUUAAAUAUCCGAUGCUCGGGUGGUGCAGCAGAUAAAACACACCAGUUUAAACAAUGAUUGGCUCAUCUGUCUGGUGGGGGUUGCUGGAGGGGAUUCCUCAUAAAUGCUGCAUUUAUGACCUCAAUAAGACCAGUGCAUGACCCUCCGUACAUGAUACUGAGCUCCAUGUGAGCUCACCUUGUGCAGGUGAAAAGAAGCAGUCAGCUACUGCACACAUGUUGUGGAGUGUGUGAUAGUCAAGGCUCUCCUCUGUCAGGAGUGGAGGUCUGCAGCAGUAGAGGAUGUGAAAUGCGAUUUGGUAAUUGGAUACAACUGGAUCUGGACGAAAAUUGGGGGGGGGUAAAUGUGUCAAAAAUAAUUUGAAAUGGCCGGUGUAUUAGUAGGAGUGUAAAUAUUCUUUUGAAAUAAUCUAAUGUAAAAAAAAAAAACAUUAACUCUUAUUCACAAGGUUUUUGGUGGACACCUGCUUGUCUUGAGGGCUAACGCCAAUAAUGUACAUCAGUAUGCCAAAAAUGUGUGUAUAUACAUUUGUCAAAAUAUUGUCUGUCGAAUGUAAGAGAAAUAUGUUUGUACAUUUCUCAGAUUAAUGGAAAAUAUGUUUUCUGUCCUCAUUUUGCCUUUUGCUGUUUGCACAUAAAAUGAUUAUACAAUGUUUUA